ACGGAGGAAGACGAAAACAUCUGACCACGACAAAUCCAUCCUGUUGAGAAAAAAUGAAAGGAUAUGGGGAGAGGAGUGCCCUCCAUACCCCAUGCAUGCAGCACGCACUGAUUUGACCAGGCGACAAACAAGGAACUACUGGUGAUGUUCACCCACAAAGCAAAAGGAGGACAUGGUACAAAGAAGGAGAGCAGAGCAAUCCUGACAUGAAAAAGCGUGCAAGCUUUUGGUAACUUCUCUGUCUUUACAGACGGGAUCCCUCUAUCUUCUUCCUCUACUAGAUAGCAGUUAGAAUCUCUGACAGUUGGAAGAUCUAGCCUUAUUUUCUUCCAGCCAGGAUAAAUAAUCUAUUGACUGUUAUGCUCCAGCAUAGUGAGCAUAUAAAAAAUGGGAUCUAGACAUGGAAAUCUGUGCUUCUCCAUCAAUUAUCUGGCAGAAAUGAGAUGCUAAUCUCUGUAAUCUAUACCUGUUGCAUCAUUUGGCUUUUGUGUGGCUGGUCCUUACAGGUAUGGCUGAGAGGUAAGGUUGAACCUACAUCCUUUGUUUUGUUAGGAAAAGUCAAGCAGAAGCCAAGGUCAGAAUGUCCUUCCUGCAAGCCUAUGGCCCACAAUGACAAUUCUUACUCAACAGUUGCACAUGUGAAGAAAGUAGAAUACUGUUAACUUCAUGAUACUGAGCAAGAGCAAUUAGAUUAGUCUCCUCAAGCAGUUUCUAGAGACUUCAGGGGCUUGUGUACAAAAUUUAAUUCACUCUAUACUUUAUGAAAAUGUCUUCCAUUUCUUGCAUUUUCUGAGACAGAAAUGUUUUUUUUUUUCCUACCCUCACGUAUACGUAUGGGGUGCAAUCCUGACAUGAAAAAGUCUGCAAGCUUUUGGAAACUUCUCUGUCUUUGCAUACAUAAAUUCCGAGGGCUCUGUGAAAACUGACUGUGGAUUAAAACUUAAAAACUUAGAAAUGCAUCGAGCCCUUUAAAUUCAAAUUCUUUCUCUAAUAUGAAACGACAGUAAGAGAAUCCUUAUCAUAUUUGCAUACUUUGAGAUAGCAGCUGGCUAUUAAUCAUCAAAAAUGUAGAAUAAAGUAAAUAUUUAAGGGCUUAAUAUGAGAGUUCCUCCUCUGAGAUAAGUAUGUGACCAUGUGAUGAGAACAUCUAGCUGAGUUUAAUAUUCCUUAGCAUAGCUAGAGCUUUUAGGAGCCUAUGAAAAGCUGAGUGAAACUUGUGAGUUCUUAAGAACUGCAAUGUCCAGUUUAUUUUCUCCUUUUUGUCUAAUAAUUGCUAUAACUGUAAUGAUGGGACUUCUAGGAAAUGGGACUAUCUUGGCUGUCAGUUCAACUAGUUGCAUCAGGAGCAAAAUAUUGUCCUCCUAUGAGGUGACUGUGAUCUUUCUGGGUUUAUCCAGGUUCUUUUCUCAGUUCUGGAUGAUGCUGGGUUUCUUCCUAAGUCUUUUUUGUCAACCUUCCCCUCAUAAAGGAAAUGUAUUUGUAACCUUUAUAUUACAGGUUUUUAUAUUCCUGAACUCUUCUAGUUUUUGCUUUGCUGCCUGGCUUAGUGUCUUCUGUUGCAUCAAGGUUGCCAGUUUUACUCAGUCAUUCUUAUGUCUGAAGCCAAGGAUGCUGACAGCAUCAUCCCUAUUUUCCUUUGCAACCUCUCUUCCUUUCUCCUGGGAUAACUGCAACACACAUGGCAGCUUCACCACUCCUUUUACCAUGACAAACUCUUCAGAAAGGAUAGCCACAAGGAAAGCUAAGAUUUUGGUUUUGAUCCUUUUCUGUAAUGUUGGUAUAGCUUUGCCUUCAAUAAUGUUUGUUUUUUCAAGUGUCCUGCUGAUUAGAUCUCUGUGGAGGCACACCAGCAUGCAAAAUAAUGCAACUGGCUUCAAGGAUCCCUGCUUAGGAGCUCUUAUUGGUUCCAUCAAGACAGUCUUCUCCUUCCUCCUCCUGUAUAUUACAAAUGUGAUUGCUUUGAUUCUCAUUUUAUCUGACACUUUCAUGUCUUUGAGCACUGAGGAAGCUGUAUGUGUUGUUGUAGUGGCUGCCUGUCCUGCAGGACAAUCUAUGGUCUUAAUCUGGAGCAACCCCAAAUUUCGAGAGUUGCUCACCAGCGCUUUGUGCCACAUGAGCUGUUGUGUCAGAGCUAGAUGCAGUUGAAAGAACAGGGCUAGUCUGUUCUUUCCAAUUUAGAUCCAAAUCAAUGAGAUCGAAGUCACUGUAGUAACAAAAUAAUAAAAAGAUGUAAGAAUAGAUUAUAGCCCCAAAAUUGAAUCAUGAAGAAGCUGAUAUGUUACUUUGCUUGAAUGUGAUUCUUGCGAUGAAUAAUUUUCUAAGUUUCCUCCUUUUUUAAAAAGAUGAUUGCCUGUGGAAUAUAGAUACUCUAUUUCUUGUGUUUUCUUUAGUAAUCACCAUUGUUUGUCUGAGCAGAAAAAAACAAGGCUAAGACUCAGACAAUAAUUAAAUCUCAUGAGAUGGUUUAUGUUCAGGCUUACAAAUCAGAUUCUCGUUAUCUUAUUAGAACAGAUAUGCUUAAGCACAAGCAUGCUCAAAUUUAAUGUGGGAAUAUGAGGCUUGAAAAUAGAUUCUGGCAAGUACAGGGACCUGCUGAGGAGCCACUUUGGGAAAUGCUUUGGAAAUUUGGGAAUUGCAGGGGUUUGAAGGGACCUCCAGAGAUCAUCAGGUCCAACCUCCCUGCCAAGCAGGCCCCCUACAGCAGGCUGCACAUAUAGGAAUCUAGGCAGACUCUAACAGUGGAAUAUUCAAGUUAAUUCAGUAAAGAAUGACACAAACCUUUCUAGCUUCCUGUGAUCAUGCAGUGAAGUAGUAAUCAGCAUCUGUGUUCCUCCCAAAAAAGAUGCAUUAGCAAAUUCUCUAAAAGUAGUUCUAUAAUUAGAAAUAACAGGAAAAAGACUUUUCUUAAUAUUAAACUUUACUGAAAAAUGAAUUUAAAUGUUAGUAUUUCAUGUUUCGCUGUGGAGAAUUAGCUCCUUGAAUUCAGAAGCAGUGUGGAUUUAAACAAAAAUAUUUAAAUAUUUGUUACAAAACUCUUCAAAUGUUUCUAGAAAUUAGGACAUCUCUGUAAAAUGUCUCACUUCAUGAAAGCGUGUCCUGUAAUACUUUUCUACACAUGGAUUCCUUUGGCUUUAGAAAUGAAUUGCAAUUUCCUUGACAAAUCACAUAUUUGUGAGUCUGAAACACGGCACAUAAUCUUUUGCACUAGAACUGGAUGUAUGAACAUUUUCAGGUGGAGUGAAAAUUUGACUUUCAUACGUGGCUCGAUCUUCUGUUAUGAUUGACACAGGACUGAGUCCAUUCUCUUGUACAGUAUCUGGUUGAUGUCUCACAGUCAAUCUGUUUGAAGAAAUGUAUGUGUAUUUAAUUGGAGUUUGCACUGAAAUGUGAUUUUUUUAAAUACUUAAAUCCAGACAAGAAAUUUUAAAAUCCAGAUAAAAAAAAACAAAACAUUUUUCUUGUAGUUUAUCUUCUCCUUGCAGUAUAAACUGGUUUGAUCCAUCCUCUCUCCCCUGUGUGCUGUCCAUUUCCCAGUCUUAGGGAAAGAAAUUAUGAUCUGUCUGAGAACAGUAACAAGCAAGAUGUAUGAAUUUAUUUAACCCAGAAUAACACAGAUAUUUUGUCCUUCUUCAGGCAGAGUCAUUAGUUAUGCAGCUACUCAGCAGGAUAUCCUGAGCAGGCUCUAUCACAUCAGUUGCCUUUCUUUUCACUUGUCCCCCUAAUGAAUAAACAAUCUAGUCAUGUUACUUAGUAAACAUGACAUUUGACAGGGAUUCCUGUGUUGUUUUUCAAACUCUUCCCUCCAAAGCUUUCCUUGCAUUGUGUUAAGUAAGAAUACUAUCUGUGCAGUAAUAUGCAUCUUGCAACCUAAGAGGGAAAGUAGAUAGAAUUACUGGAAGGCAAGUUUCUAGAGGACUACCUUCUAGUCUACUUUCUGGUCUACCUUUCUUUCUAUAACUAACGAGGUAACCUAACUGCCAUGUUAAUAACACCGAUUUAAAAUGUGUUUCAUAAACAGUUUACUAAAUCCUUCUCACUGUUUGACGAAUGAUUAAAUAAGAUUGAAAUGCAUUUGUACAAGGGGAAAAAAUACAUUUGCUAGUAGGAACAAAGUAGUUACCCAAGUCAGUGAUUCUUUCAAGUCAUGAAUUUUAUCUAAUAGUAGGUGCUUUUCUCUCUUAUUUAAGGCUGGUUUAUAAGCUAGAAGUUGGUUUUGUUUCCUUCAUCUUGAACUUACCAAUUUGCAAGGUGAAAUAAGUUUGAAAUUUGUCUUAUCAGAUGCUUCUGAAGUGUCCCAACUAUUCCAUACACACCUACACUACUUAGGGGUACUGCCAGCUGUACACAGUAAAUAAAAUUGGGAAACAAGUUAAGUUCACAGCUCAUCCUACUGUAACACUAUCUUGAUUAGAUUAUAUAAAUCAUGUAGUGUUGUAGUUAUUUUCAUUGAAAAUUAAAAAAAAAAAAAAAAAUCCAAGAUUUUCUGAGAAAUUGCUGCAGUGUAGUGUGAAAAAGAAUGCUAGCACUUAGAACAAAGUUCCUUUCCAUUAGGAAGGCUUUUCUGUAUUUCUGUAAGUUGCUGGUUUAAUUAGAAAUCUUUCUUUUGGCCUAAGGAGCAGAAUCACAGAAUUGUAUGUGUUGGAAAGGACCUCCAGAAAUCAUUGAGUUCAAUCCCUGCCAAAGCAGGCUCCCUACAGCAGACUGCACAUGUAGGCAUCUAGGCAGGUCUUGAAUAUUGCCAGAGAAGGAGAAUCCACAACCUCCCUGGGCAGCCUGUUCCAGUGCUCCGUCACCCUCACUAUGAAGAAGUUCCUUUGCAUAUUGGUGCAGAACUUCCUAUGCUCCAGUUUAUGGCCAUUUCCCCUUGCCCUAUUCCCACAGACCUCUGAAAAGAGGUUGGCCAUGUCCCUUUGACUCCCACAGUUCAGAUUUUUAUGAACAUUAAUAAGAUCCCUUCUCAAAUUUCUUUUCUCACAGCAGAACAGACCCAAGUUGCUCAGCCUUUCCUCAUAGGGGAGAUGCUAUACUAAGCUUAGAGAGAAAAAAUUUAACUUCAGUUAUAGAAUCAUAGAAUUGCUUGAUUUGGAAUGGACCUCAGGGAUCAUCAAGCUCCAACCCCCCUGCCACAGGUAGGGCUGCCAACCUCCCCAUUUAAUACUAGACCAGGCUGCCCAGGGCCCCAUCCAACCUGGCCUUGAACACCUCAGGGACUGGGCAUCCACAGCCUCUCUGGGCAGCCUGUUCCAGCACCCCGCUACUCUCUUGGUAAAGAACUUAUCUUCAGGUAGUUGCAAAGUUUUGUUUGGAAUGAAUCUAGAUUUCACUAUGGGCAGUUCAUAAUGAUGGCAUAUAUGUGUUUGUGAAAGCUUAGGAGCAGUUAACAUCAGCUCCUCCAAGAAAGCAGGAAAUUUCUGAUAAAAGUAUUAGUCAAAUAAUGCAGAUUGUUGCAGCAUAAACACAGUAAAGGGUACAAGUAAUUAUAAUAUUCAUAUUGAUUUCUAAACCAUUUUUUAAGGGGCAUAAAAGGAGACCUGUGUAGAAAUAAGAUCUUUCCCAGUAAAAACAUUAACUUAAACAUAACUUGGCUUCCUACCUGUUUUUGUGUGUGUGUGCAAACAGUUGCCCUGAAGGUACGUAUUUUGUCAAAACCACUGUCUGCAGAAAUCACAUCUGUAGGACUUCUAAAUUUCAACUUCUGCACUCAUACAUAGGUGCUCAGAUUCAAAGACAGAAGAGACAGACAUCAUAUUUGAUGGUAUAGGAGGAGUUAGCUACCAAUUCUUUUCCAACAUGUUUUGAACAAAGCCUAAGAAGAUCACACUGCAUAAGAGUAAGGCAUGAAGUAACUCACACACUCUAAAGGAAAGAAAGAAAGCUGAGGAAGAAAACAAACAAGAUGCAUAAUAAGUGCAGGACGGAGACAGCAAGAGAGUCAGAGCAAAAUAGAUUAUUGUAUGACAGAUUAUGAGUACAGAAGAUGAGAAAUCAAAAGGGAAAAUGUUAAUUGGUGGAGCUUCAGCUUUUUUCAGUGCUCUGUAUUAUCUCUUCUCAUCAUCUGAGUAUGUGCUUCUUCCCUAGUAAUGUCAGAGGUAACUUCACCUUUCGGCUCCUGGACAGACAGGAUCAUCAAAGUCUUCAUUGUCUGGCACUUCCCAUGCAGACAUAGGAGAAUUAGGGCACUUUUAUUUGUAGCUCAUGUCAAUCCUCAGUUGAUUGGUUCUGUAAUAGCAAAGGUAGGUCAUCUUCUGGAAGAGUAGCAGUGAGGGUAACACGUUCAUAAGCAUUCCAGAUGCUCGAAUAACAAUAUAGCCUUUCUUAGGAAGCUCAAAGGUGAGAGAAGGACAUUGAAUGAUACAAGAGUUUCAGACACCUUUGGAUUUCCCCUGCUCAUCUGAAAAAAUAAAAAAAUAAAAAUAGAUUAAAAGACUGUAAUUUUGAGGAAAUUACAGGUAUUUCUUUGUUCAGGAUUUUUAGCAGAGUAAUUUAGUCUUUGAAUCACAACAUAAAUGAGGCAAAAUUGUAUAUAUUCCUGUGCUCAUUGAAACACAUUGAAACACAAACAAUUCUCAACAGUUAAGUGGAUGACUUGAAGCCCUACACACACUUUUUAAUGUAUCCAGUAUUCUAAUUUAUAAGUGAAUGAAAGACAAUCUUUCAAAUUGUUUUGAAAAUCCUUUGUACAGUUAUCCUAUAACUGCAUAAUUACUUGCUUUUAAUAAUUUCUUACUGUAACUGGUAUUAUUAACUUCACCCUAUGUUUAUUUGUUGUUUCAGACACUUAGAAGAUAAUUUCUUCUGAACAAUUUUAACUUUGACAUUUGUGGGGAAAACUUAUAUAAAUGAUAAAAUAAAAGUUUAUGUAAACUGUCAUUAGUCCUUUUAAUUACUUUAAAAAGUAAUUUCUUUUGUCAAUCACACUAUUUCUGCAAGGCAGAAUAAGACUAACUCUCACUAUUUCCAUGGUUAUCAUGCUGUGAGAAAGACAGAUACUAAACAGAGAUCUCAAAAGCACUGGAAGAAGCUUGUGAUAUUUGCUAAGGUGCCACAUUGUCUUUGCAGUAUAUUUGUGCCUAUAACUUCAGUUCUUCAAGUAUCAAAAAAAGUGCUCUGUCCUAUUUCUUCCUUGAAUUCUGGAGGGAUUAAAUAAAACCUAGGUAAAGCAGUUCUUAUAUUUCCUAUGUGUUACGUAUGACCUUCCUGUGCCUACUAUAAAUCAAUAGAAUUGAGCAGCUCCAAAGACUAAAUCACAAUUGCCUUGUUUUCAUUCGUAUUUAGUAGGAGAGAAAUGUGAUUCUCUUUCCUUUCCUUGUCUACUAUCUUGAGUACUUCUUCAUGGGAGACAACCACAAUUAAAUGUUGUCUUCAGCAUGAUAAUAUGCAAAGAAACCAUGCUCAGGAUUUUCUUAACCUCUGGAUAUUUACUAA